UGGAUAACGCAGCCUUCUCACCAUGAACUCCCUGGCAAUCUUCAUCGUAGGCUCCUCUCUGGUGGUGUGUGCCAUGGCCGGUGGUCUGGGAGUUGGAUACGGAGGAGGCUAUGGACUGGGCUAUGGAGGCGGCUUAGGCUACGGCGGAGGUCUUGGAGCUGGAGGAGUUGGCGUGGGAAGUAGCGUGACCUUGCUGAGAGGAGGUCCAGGAUUCUCCAAGGCCGUGGCCGGACCGGCGUUCCUGAUCAGGACGGUGCACCAUGUGAAUAAGGUGCACGGCGGAGGUGCCAUCGUGGCUCACAGUGGUCUCGGAGGCGUCGGCGGAGGGCUCGGCUUCGGUGGUGGAUACGGCGGUGGAUACGGCGGUGGCCUUGGAUAUGGAGGUGGACUCGGAUACGGCGGUGGUCUUAAGUACGGCGGAUACGGCCUUAAGGGCUAGGUUAGGUGUGUGUUUUUGUGAGCCCUGUAGAUAGAAUCCGGUAUGGCGCCAUCGAUGGAGACGGACAGUUAUCGGCAGUGACUUCGACAACUAUUGCUAGUUAGAAUAAUUGUGCUCUCCCCGAAGAGCAACGACAACUGAAAAUGGGUGAAGUAGUCAACACUUUCGCGCUGCCGGCUUCGUGGUCUGCUUCUUGGCCAAUCCCCGGUAGCGGUAAGAGCCAUCGCUUGGCGAAAAUACGAAGGUGGUGACCAGUGGUGAAGCGACUGUCCGUGCAGCAAUGUACUUCUGGCAGAAGUCAUUAAACCCAACACCAAUGUUGCUACCACAAGUGGCCA